AUGAUCCAACCAAGCUACGAUGAAACCGUCAAAGCAAUCAGCAUCAAUCCAACAGAAUUUAAGGAGAUCAAGAUGAUGGUUUCUCAAAUUCUAAGGAAUACGACGAGACCUAAAGUACAUGAGGAAGCAACAGCUCCUCAUGAGGACAUUAAUCAAGAUUUUGUUGGAGAUUUUUCACCAUGUGAUCUAAAGGAAGUGAGCUACAUAGGCUCACAAUACCAAAAUCUUGGGAUGAGGAAUCACAGCCCCCAUCACGGUCCUAGAGAGCGUUUUCAUACUCAUCAAAACGUGCCUCAAGAGACCCAUAUUCAACCHAAACAACAGCCUACUAAUGGAGUUCAAAACACGDAUUCGAGUAGUUUUCAAGGCGUCYAGUCAAGAGAAGUUUCGGAGGAAGACUUCGAGCRCUUGAUCAAUGGGUUURGCUAUGAACUAAACAAGUUUAGAAAGGAAAUUCAUACUAGAAUGGAUAUAUUGGGUCAUGACAUUAACAACAAGAUAGAAGAAAUUUCAUCUCAUGUUAAGCAAAUUGAUCUCCAAAUUGCUUAUAUCGUCGGUACCGUUGGAAAACUGGAUUGA